AUGUCCGCUAAAACAGAAAGUACCAGUGUCUCAACACAAUUUUUAUCCAAUAUUAUCGGCAAACCAGUAAACGUGAAGUUGUACUCCGGAAUGCUAUAUAAUGGAAGAUUAGAAUCAAUCGACGGAUUUAUGAAUGUUGCUCUUUCAAGUGCUACCGAACAUUAUGAAAAUGCAUCAAAUGGUCUCCUAAGGACUUAUAACAGCGACGUAUUUCUAAGAGGGACCCAAGUUAUGUACAUCAGUGAAGUCUAA